CGUAUCGCCACUUCCUCCGACGCACUGUAGGACCACGAUACUCAUGAUGCGUUCCUUCUCUGAGUGCUGUCCUCUUGCUAACGAAAGCGAUAGACUCAAUGAUCAGUGAUGUCAUACGGACGAUUUUUUCGGUUUAGUUUUUCCAGCGAAUGUAUUGUUCGCCUCGGUUUGGAUUAUCAUAACAAGGUGUAUAGUACUUCGGUUUGUGAAUCAGAAUCGCUACGUCGUGCUGGGGUCAAUACUUCACUCGUGCGUGCAUAAACGCUCUACUGUCGGUGUCCUGUAAUAUGCCAAGUCGCUUUCUCCUGAUGGCGGAGGCUACAUCAGUAAAGGAACACGAUCUACUCUCUGUCGCAGUGUAGUAGUUGGGCCGUAGCUGAAGCGCGAUGCUGUAUGAGGCUCAACUUCUACAAAACCUCGGAGGACAAGAAAGAUCCAAAGAUGAUAUACGGAAGCUACUAGCACACAGCUUUAUUUCUCAUGGUUCCUACUCACUACCAUUUGAUUCUCGGUGGAACAACAAGGGCCGUUUGACACCUUCGAGUCGUGGGACCAAUUUUUCUCAUUUCUGCACAAAACUCCGUUUCAGGCACGGGAAGUAGAACAACAAGCACUACACUCUCACAUGCACAUAGGUGAAAGAAUAAGAAAUUGUGCAAGAAAAAGUUUCUUUUUGAACCCUCGCGAGAGGACCUCCGCCGCGGCAAAUUUUUUUCCUUAGAUCGUAACCCAUUUUGAAUACGCGAUAAACUUAAACACCUUUGACAAAAAUAUUACUUACAUACUUUUUAGAACAACCAAAUUCUUUUUUUUCCACUCGAUGUUGCGAUGCAACUAACAGCAUGACAUGAAGAUGAAGUGGUCCAUAAUUUGGAACCACGAACUGUACUGCUGCAGUUGAACUACCAAGGAGAAGUUCACAGCAGGAAGAACAGUGCUCACUUACUUCUCGUCCACGAGCGCAAGACAUCCCAUCGAUCAUGCCUCGCGGUUCGAAGCCGCGGGACCGGCGCUAUCACGGUGCGGCGGCAGCCGGUAUGGAUUGCAAAAAUGUCUGGGUCUGGAAGAUCAUUGCAACUUGUCGUGCUAAAUCCGAAUCAUGCUAAAAUCUGUGUUGCAUGAGUGCCAAAAGCUGUCCACUUGCGACCAAGUUGGAAGGGAGUUUCUCAUGCAGGAUAGGCAUGACAGAGACGCCCCAGAGUCUGUCAUGCCGGGGCCCGCUAACAGACCUCCUGGGUCAUGGACAACCUGCAUGACAAGUUCACACUCUUCCAGACCCAGACAUUAUUGCAGUUGAUAGCCGGUGGCGGAGAUAACGAUGACGAUAGUACUAUGGAGUACACGAAUCUCCUCCCGCAGAACACCAACAGGUUAAAACAAAAUGACGAUGCGAACACGGUGUCGGAUAAGAAAGCCUUACUGCAGAAACUCGCCGGCGUGAAUCCAGGCUCCGCGGUCAAUUCCCGGGACUACAAACUCGGGUCAGCGUCUGGCACAACGCCUCUCAUGGGGCAACUACAGACACUGACCGGGACGAUAAACAGCUUGAUGUUGGAAUUACAAUACAUCCGGGCGGAAAUCUAUAGGCGAGUAGUGGAAGAAGCGUCAGGAACAAGGCAACAGAACAGCGGGACGAAAGCAGGUGGGUUGACGCCCCAGGAACAGGCUUUGAGGGAGCUACCUUUAGACCAGUUGCUGCGGAGAGGGAAAGGGUAUAAAGCGAAACUGAUUUGGUUUUCUUGCAGCUGCAGCUCUGCUCCAGUUGUACUGUACUACUUGUAUUUGUAAUCGCUACUUUCAUGCAAGACAAUCUCUAUCUCAUUCUCAAUCUCUAUUGCAUAACAUAAAAUGACAAAUACGCGACAGGUUCUGCGAAUCCAUCCAGAAUGUGAUCCAUGACCUCCGUGAGGAGCAAACCGAGGCAAAGACCCCAGCGGAAAAGCAGAUGGUGGCCCGGUCGAUCACGAUGGCGUCGCAGGCUUUUAAAGAAGCUCUAACCGAUUUUCUCGACCUGGAGUCCCGGUACCGAGACAUGGUAAAUGAUCAGAUCAGGAAGAACGGGAAGCAAGGAUCAUCAAAAGGCGGCGCGUCUUCACCCACUAUGACCAACAACUACGGAGCCGUGUCGCCCCCUGGCAGUCCUGCGCAAAUGGGCGCCUCUGGUAACCUCAACAACCUGCAGAUGCAAACGCAAAAGGGAAACAACCGGUUUUCCAUGAAGGGAGGGAAUAUGCAGGGGAUCCAACAGCAAUACUACAUAGACGAGGAGACCCAGAAGCUUCACAACUUGCUCUCUGUGCAAGAGUAUGCAAUGCAAAAGCAUCGUACGCGUAAGCGUAUUGCAAUCAUGCAUUACAAAUUUUUUUCUCAAGAUAAAUUCGCAUCACAAAUUCCAUUUGUCAUGCUGAGGAAAUUAUUUGUAAUGCAUUUAAUUAUACAAAUGCGAUGCUUUUGCAAUGCAUAAAGGGUCAAUGAAAAAAUUCGAGCAGGAGAUAAAUCAGUUGGCAGAAAUGGUGGAAUAUUGCGCGGCGGUAUAGAUCAUGAUAUUCGCUUUCUUUGUGGAGUUGUUGAAGAACCUUGGUCGUUGCGGAAUUUCAAUUUGCAACUGAUAGAUGACAGUUCGACUCUGUCUCUUUGUCAUGCAUUAUUUGACACAGCGAAAGUCCCAAUUCUCAUGCAAAAUUAAUCACUUAUCAAAAACAGGUCCAGCAAGAACAGACGGAACUUCUCGCGUCUAUCGAGAACCACGUGGAUGUCACCGACGAAUUCAUUGGCGCGGGUGUGAUCAAACUUCACGAAGCUGAGGAGCAUCAAGCAAAUUACAUGAACAAGCGGCUCUGGCUCUUCUGGGCUGCAGCGGGGACGUGCAGCAUCAUGCUGAUAAUCCUGGUCAUCAUGAGCUUUUGCUGGUUUGGGAGCUGUUGUGUGGCUUGUUCCGACGGAAGUAACACACCGUCGGGCGGCUCGGGAGGCACGACGACGAACUAGCACAGAAGUGUGCAUGUUGAGCUUGCGAUCAGUGGUGGAAAAAAUUAGAAUCUGAAUUUUUCAAAAAGUAUUAAAAAGUAUAAGUAACGAAAGGAAAAUGAGUUACGAUGUAACACGGAAAAAACAAAUUUGUUAGAGCGGUUUGGGAUUUGUUGACGAUAGGAUAUCUGAAACUACACGGCGGAGCUACAACGAGAACGCAAUGGUGCAGAGUACUUACUAGUACGUGCAAGAAAUAACGUGAGCAGUUUCAGUAUCAAAGGACGGAAAAAGCACAUGCUGUACUAGUGUGCGAGCUCUAACUUCUACUCUAGCUAAACCAAUCAUGGCAGCACUGUAAAUCUCAUCUUUUGGCGCAUAUAGUUCUUUCUACUAGUAGGUCAAUUGUAUACGAGAAUUGGAGAUAUUUAUUAAUCAUUUGCAUACUUAUUACGGUUUUAGUACCAUCACUACUACUCUACCAAGAAGGCCGAGCACGUACAGCGAAGUUGAUGAGGCUUGAUAGCUGCUUUUUCUUCGCUGUACUAAUAUUGGCGCUGCUCUUUUUGUGAUGAAGUAGUACAGCUACCCUUUCAUGUGUGAUCAAGAAGCAAGGAUCACGCUGGCUUCUGUACAAUACCCUCAACAUUUUUGAUUUUGUGGACAAGGAUGCAAAUGCGUGAUAAUCAUCAGGAUAGACGAUUAGAUUUAGAAGAUAAAAGCAGAAAACAAAGACAGAGAAGACAGCGUUUUUCAUCUCAUGUCUGCCCUUAUGAACAAGAUGACACCCCUUUGGUAUGUAAAUGAGGCAUACUGCUGCUUCUUAUUCCUAGAAAAUUCCGCGAACAGCGCUUCUCGAAGAGCCGCACAACUCGUGGCUCAUCUCAGGAAGUGCAAGUGGCCCUCGCAUACCGAUCGUAGCACCUAAGGUGAAAACAACAACAUGUCAUGCAUUUCUUUCCAGUAAAUAUUUUACUACAUUUUUGUCCUCCCGGAAAACAAGAAAGUGGUUUUUCUUCAACGACAGGAGGGGAAACUCGCCGAACAAAAACACUACACGAGGAGGCGACCCGCUGAAGAAUCAGACCGUUUGAAUCUUCUUUUACACGGGUCUACAAUGACGAGAGCAGCAAGUACGUCCUUGUGAGUUGUGAAGAAACUACAUUUUAUUUUGCAGCGAAGGGGCGGCGAUGUUGAUGCAGCAAAUACAGGUGCUGCGUUACGGUUUUGGUGUUCUGUUCAUCACGAGGUGGGAAUAAAGACCAAGACUAUGUAGGAAGUCAGGACUUUCUCCAUGUGCAUGUUUGUCAUGACAUCAGGUUCAUCUGGCUCCGUCCACCGCCCGCAAUGUCGAAAGAGCCAUGACGUUCCCAUUAAGAAGUAGUCGGUCAACCACGAAUUUUCAAAAUUUUGUUUUUAUGAUCCCUGCAAAUCCGCGAAAUUUCAAAAAUUUAUUUUUAUCGUUCUGCCCAAACAAAAA